GUGCACGCGCGAGGUAAACGCUCUCUCUCGCGCCGGCAUGAUUUCCCAAAGCGAGGUGGAGUUGCAGCCCCUGACUCCCGGCCGGCUUAUGGCUCGCUAUUGCGUCUCCUUCGCCACUAUGGAGAAUUUCACGCAGCUGCGCGGAGACGAAAGCCUGAAGGAACUGGUUGAGGUCAUUUCCAGUACUCGAGAAUUCUGGGAUGUUAAGUUAAGGACGUCAGAAAAGAGAGUGCUGAACGGUAUUAACAAGACGAAGGCAUCGGUCUUCGCUUCCCCAUCAAGGGGAGAAUCAUGAAAAGAGAACAAAAGAUAAACUGCUUGAUUCAAGCAGUGUUGGGCAGCCAGACAAUCCCGGAACCUAGUCUGACUCAGGACGCUAACAAGAUCUUCAGAACGGGUCAGAGAAGUAC